AUGCCACUGAUUCGAGUGGGAAUUGUUGGCGCCGGCAUCGGUGGCCUGGCCGCUGCCAUUGCCAUUGCCCGCAGUGGAUGUAACGUCACGAUCCUCGAGCAGGGUGUCGACAUAGGCGAGAUUGGCGCUGGCAUUCAGCUGCAUCCCAACGUAUCUCGUCAACUGAUCCGCUGGGGUGUCGACAAGAUCAUCGAGAAUGACCUGGUCGAGCCGGAAGAACUCAACACUUGGGACUGUGGGAGCGAACUGCGCUUGAUCGGACGCACUGAUCCGAAACAGGUCGCGAGACAGGCCGGCUUUCCGUGGUGGGUGGUCCGUCGCGACCAUCUCUACACGGGACUCGCCCAGUCGGCCUCGGAACAUGGCGUCAAGCUGAUUAUUCAAGCGAGAGUGGAACACAUCGACGACAGCUCGUCCCCCGUGAUGGUCGUCACAUCCUCUGGACAGACGUACGAGUUUGACCUCUUGGUCGGCGCGGAUGGCCUCAGGUCUACGGUCAGACAAUAUCUCUAUCCGGGCGUCAUGCCAUAUCCGCCCAACAAGCUAUGUGCCUAUCGAGGCGUUCUACCGUUUUCUUUGAUCUACAGAGAAAUUCCUGAGGCAAAACUAUUCGUCGGUAACAGAUUGGACACCUGGGUCGGACCAAAAGGAUAUGUGCUGACCUAUCCUACUUGCGGAGGAAAAGAGCUGAAUGUCGUGACCGCAGCCGAGUCAAAAGACUAUGUGACCAAAAUGGAAGACAUCAACAUCGAAGACUUCUACGGGUUCUAUACCAACUUCCAUCCGUUCGUCCAGAAGCUCCUGCGUUUGGUCAAAUAUACCAAACGCUGGCCUUUGCUGCAAACACCUCGAAUGCCGUCCUGGUCCAACAAAGCCAAGAACAUUGUCAUGAUAGGCGAUGCAGUUCAUGCCAUGCAGAACCAUAUGGCCCAAGGUGCGGGAACAGCUAUUGAAGACGGAGCAUUCCUGGGCCAGGUCAUUAGCGAGGUGGCCCGCGGCGCCAUCGACGUGUCGGAAGCCGUGACUCUGUUUGAGCAGAGACGGAUGCCCAAAGCAUGGAUCAAGCAACAACUCAGCCUCCAAUCCGGGUCAAUGUAUACCUUGGCGCGACCAGAGGAUCGUGAAAAGCGCAACCGAGCGGGCAGAUUUGAAGUGGCGCGGUGGGAGGACAACCCAGCCCGACAGGAGCACAGCCAUAUCGAAUACCGCAAUUGGCCGGUGGCCCGUUGUCUCGAGACGGCCAAGUCAAUUUGGUAUUACGAUGCCGAAGGGGACGCCGACAAUGCAGUGCUGGAAUAUUUGAUGAACAAGGGCACCGUGGACGAUUUCACUCAGAUGAGUGAGAAUCUGAGCCACAAAUGGAGUUCGAUCGUGUUUGGAAACGGAGUCGACGGCAGCUGGGUGGAGCCCCGGGUCGACUACCAGCACAUGAAGAGCUCUCUCUACAGAAGCACCGAAGCCGUGAGGGAUGGGAUACAGGAGUACGGUCUGCAUGAACAGGAUUAUGAUCGUUUCGGAAAGGGGUUGUAA